UUGAGUUGUCCCCGGUGCAUGUCUCUCCACCGAUGGGUUGUGGGGUUUCAAAAUUUGACAACACAGUAGGAGGAGAGGACAGGCAAAGGCGUCAAUUAAGAGUAGUUCAUAGAAAGAACAGUGCUGCUGUCGUGAUACCGAAGCCAUUGCCCGUAGACGGCGAUGGAGACGAGGAUUCGAAGGGUAAGUCGAGGUCCGAUGAGAGAGGGGGAGAUAAUUACCACAAGGACGAGAGUGAGGAGGACGAUGGAACAGAUAUACCUCACUCGCUAAGUUUCAGGGUAUAUUGCAAUUCAUCUUUCGAUGACAACACCCAUGGUGAUUGUAACGCAAAUAACAUGAUGGGCAAACACGAAGGGGAUGCUGGCAAUCGCAAGGGAUCAAAUACUCGAUCGAGGAGGAAAUCUAUGGUAGGCAAAGGACUCAAGUGCAUUUUAAGAUCAUAA